UAUUCUAUCAAAUCCAAACUCAAAAUUGACUGCAACGAAAUGGCGAUCUCAAUCUUGAAAUUCCACAGUUUUCGCAAGCAGCUGCUAUGGCCGAACAAUGGUGGUUUCCGCUGUAGACGAUUCACCCAGUUUCCUCUUCUUCUACUGCCUCAUCAUCGCCCUCUUUUUUCUCAUUCUCUACCGCUUCGCCAUUGUUUUCGUCUUCAUCCUCCUCCUCUUCCUCCUCUGCUCCGACGUCGUCUACACCCUCUACUCUAUUCUAUGUCCUCGUUGAGCGCCUCCCAGGAUGCCGUUAACCCCACCUCCUCCGAAGCUAAAACUGUGAGGAUGGUGAUAAAGGGAAGGGUGCAGGGGGUGUUCUAUAGGAACUGGACGAUCGAAAACGCUAAGGAACUGGGCUUGAAGGGUUGGGUCCGAAACCGCAGGGAUGGCUCUGUGGAGGCAUUAUUUUCAGGGAGCCCAGAGAAGGUCCAAGAAAUGGAGCAGCGGUGCAGGAGAGGCCCGCCUGACGCCAUGGUCACUGGUCUUCAAGUCUUCCCCUCUACUGAUGAUCCCGGGACGUCGUUUGAGCGUAAGCCAACUGUUUGACUAAAUGAUCCUUGUAUCUGGUUAAAGUAUGAGCUGAAGCACUCCUGCUAUAGUAUUCAUUGCCUUUCCUAUAUAGUUUUCUCUUGAUCACCUUAUGAGGAUGCAUGGGUUGUCUUUCUUGUUUGCUCUGUGUCCUUAUCAUGUUACAAACCGGCAAGGGUGAUCAAAUAUAUUUGUAUGUGUAGUUUAUAGCCACUAUUUUCAGUAGUCGAUACGGUGUUAUAAAUAUCAAUAAUGCAUUUCUGGGGUUUUGGAAUCUCAAUAAUAAUCAGUUCCUCCAA